GUCUCUCUCUCUCUCACUCUCUCUCUUUCUCUCUCUCUUGGUUCCCUUAUUUGUUUUUAAAGAACAAGAUAUGUGUCCUCGAAGAUCCGAGUUUUCAGAUCCAAUCCGAGUGAUAAAAUCCCACUAGCUAUACACAAGUACAAGUCGACAUCUAAACAAUAAAUUUCAGCACCUAUUUUUAGAACCCACCACAAUUUCCAUUACCAAGACUGUUUCUUCUCUUUGAACUUAAUUAAAUGUUCCAUUUCCAGUGUUGAAGGAGGAAAAAAAGUUUACUCACCAUUUAUAGAAUCUUAACAAAUCGAUUGUAUCUUCUUUUUCUGGGUGGCCAAAGGAAAACUCAACAUGUUUAGGGUGUCGCCGCAUAGACAUCAGAGAUCCAAAGGCUUCAAGGUGAAGCAUUGUCUGCAACUAUGCCUUCUGAUUGGUGUUUGUAUCUGGUUGCUCUACCAAGUCAGGCAUUCAUUUGAUAAGAAAGCAGCAUAUGAGAAAGGUACGAAGGCCGGAAAUGAGGUUGUGAAGUUGGGAAGAAAAGAUCUGAACACGGGAAUGGAGGAAACAGGCAUUAGGGAUGCAGGGCACAAGGAAGAAGAAGAUGAAGAAGGGAACAAGAAUGAACAAGAAGAAGAAAGCAAGCCUGGGGAGAUUGAUAACUUGCGAAAAGUUGGCGAGGAUGAUGACACUGAAAAUCAUGAACCAGAUAAGGUUGAAGAGGUAAACGAGCAUAGGGAAGAUCAUUUAGAGGGACAAAAUGAAGAGAAGGAGAUUGAGGAGAAAAAAGAAGAGAAUAAUGAAGAGAGCGGGGGCAAUGGCAGCAAUGAGAAGGAGAGUGGAGAAAGUGAAAAUCGCGCACAAGAAGGGAGUGAAGAGAACAAUAGUGGAGAAACUGAUCAGGGAGAGAACAAGGAUAUCCAAAGUGAAGAGAGCAACGAGAAGGAGAGUGAACACGAGGAGGCUGAUGAGGGCAAAGAGAAGAUCAGUGAAGAGGAUAAAUUUGAAGAAAAGGAAGAUAAGACUGAGAAUUCAGGUACAUCAGAAGAUCAGGUUCAUGAAAGAAGUGAUCUGACUAGUGAGGAAGCAAGAGAGAGACAUUACAAGGGGGAUGAUGCCUCCAGUGAAGUAGUCCAUGAAACUCAAAAUAAUGGAGCUGAAAAUGAACAAGGUGGUUCAGAAAAUCUUAAUGAGAAAGAGCAGGUAGAAAACAAAGAAAAUGACUCAGUUGAGCAAGAGGACAAAGCAAACAGAACUGAUGAAGUUGAAACUCAUCAAAAUGAGUCAGCCUCAAACGUGCAGGAGGGAGAAACUGUUGAGAAGAAUGAUUUUAUAAACACAGCUACUGGUGAAGAGACAAAGGAGAGUUCCAAUCCAAAUUCCAUGGACUCAACAGAAUCAAAUGAGCAGCUGCGAGAAAACUCAGAAGAAAAAACUGAUUCAUCUCCACAGAAUGAAACUGAGAAUAGAACCCAAUAUCAAGACAAGACAACAGAUGGUUCUUCAUCAGAAAAUGUUGUCCUGCAGCAAACAGAGAAAUCUGAAUCAGAUUCUAAUAGUGAGCAGUCAGAUUCAAACACAAACCCUUCCACGACAACAGAGAAUGGGGAGGGCAUAGAUUCUAUCAGCAAUUUGGCAUCUGCUCUGCCUGGUGGCCAGACUGACAAUCCAAAUGAAAAUUAUAAUUCUGAGCAAAAGGAACAAGUUCAGUUUUCUGAUUCUUCAAACACACAAAAAGAAGAUGCAUCCUCAAAUGCAGAUAGCAACAGUGAGGCAGGCCAGAAUGAAGAUGUUAAUGCUGUUCAGAGAGACACCGAUGACAACAAUAAUGCCGAUGCUGGCCACGAGAAAUCAGUAGAUUCUUCUGGGUCUUCAAAUUCUCAAGAAGAGAAAGAGGCUUCUCCUGACACAGGUAAUAGCACAGAUUCAAGCCAGGAUGAUCAGAAUUCAGAUACUAAUAUUUCUCAAAAAGAGAAAGAGGCAUCUCCUGACACAGGUAAUAACACAGAUUCAAGCCAGGAUAAUCAGAAUUCAGAUACUAAUAUUUCUCAAAAAGAGAAAGAGGCAUCUCCUGACAUGGGUAAUAAUGCAGAUGUAAACCAGAAUGGUUCUUCAGAUACCAAUACUCAAGAACAGAAAGAGGCGUCUCCAGACACAGGUAGUAACACAGACGCAAUCCAGAAUGGUGAGAAUGGUUCUUCUUCAGAUACUGAUACUCAAGAACAAAAGGAGACAUCUACAGACACAGGUAGUAACACAGAUGCAAUCCAGAAUGGUGAGCAUGGUUCUUCUUCAGAUACUGAUACUCAAGAACAGGAGACAUCUACAGACGCAAGUCGUAACAAAAACGAAAACCAGAAUGAUCAGAACACUUCUUCAGAGAUUAAUCUCUCUCAAGAAAGGAAAGAGGCAUCUCAAGACACAGGUAGUAACAUAAAUGACAAUCAGAAUGAUCAGAACGGUUCAUCUUCAGAAACUAACAAAGUUGCAAGCCAGAACGCCCAGAAUGGUUCAUCCUCAGAUACUAAUGUUCCUCAAGAGGAGAAAGAGGCAUCUUCAGACACAGGUAGUAAUACAGAUGCAAGCCAGAAUAAUGAGAAUAGUUCUUUGUCAGAUAAUUCUAUCUCUCGAGAAGAGGAAGAUGCUCGAACAGAUGCGGGAACUUUGCUGGAGACCACUUCUGUCGUGAACAACGGCAAAGAUGCAGUUGCUGAGUGAUGUUCUUCACAAGUGGUCUUGUUGUUUCACACGACUGUUGAUUAAAUAUUAGAGAAGUUUUGUACUUAGAAUUGCUGCCGUCGAUGAUUUGGGCGAUUAUAAAUCUUCUUUGGUUUUAAUUCAUGUUCUUCAGUUGUAAGAUCCCGACUAGAACCCUGGUAAAUAUAAUGGUUAAAUGUUUGAGUUGAGCUUCUAA